GAAGUUUCUCUAGCCAUGCAGUGUCUCUAUGGUCAGGUGGGCGGGGCCAGGAGGAAGAUGGCGGCGCCCGCAGCUGCAGCUGAGCCCCAGGCUUCUGGGGGUCCGCGGCACCCAGUGUGUCUGUUGGUGUUGGGAAUGGCGGGAUCCGGGAAAACCACCUUUGUACAGAGGCUCACAGGACACCUGCAUGCCCAAGGCACUCCACCUUAUGUGAUCAACCUGGAUCCAGCAGUACAUGAAGUUCCCUUUCCUGCCAAUAUUGAUAUUCGUGACACUGUAAAGUAUAAAGAAGUCAUGAAACAAUAUGGACUUGGACCCAAUGGUGGCAUAGUGACCUCACUCAAUCUCUUUGCUACCAGAUUUGAUCAGGUGAUGAAAUUUAUUGAGAAGGCCCAGAACAUGUCUAAAUAUGUGUUGAUUGACACACCCGGACAGAUUGAAGUAUUCACUUGGUCAGCUUCUGGGACAAUUAUCACUGAGGCCCUUGCAUCCUCAUUUCCAACAGUUGUCAUCUAUGUAAUGGACACAUCGAGAAGUACCAACCCAGUGACCUUCAUGUCCAACAUGCUCUAUGCCUGCAGCAUCUUGUACAAAACCAAGCUGCCUUUCAUUGUGGUCAUGAAUAAAACUGACAUCAUUGACCACAGCUUUGCAGUGGAAUGGAUGCAGGAUUUUGAGGCUUUCCAAGAUGCCUUAAAUCAAGAGACUACAUAUGUCAGUAACCUGACUCGUUCAAUGAGCCUGGUGUUAGAUGAGUUUUACAGCUCACUCAGGGUGGUGGGUGUCUCUGCCGUUCUGGGUACUGGGUUAGAUGAACUCUUUGUGCAAGUUACCAGUGCUGCCGAAGAAUAUGAAAGGGAGUAUCGUCCUGAAUAUGAACGUCUGAAAAAAUCACUGGUAAGAAGGGAGGCUGAGGCAUAUGCACUGAUAGGUGUUUUCACUGUAGACAGCGUAUCUCCUGUGCUGCACCCUUCUGAUUUGAUCCUGACUCGAGGAACCCUGGAUGAAGAGGAUGAGGAAGCAGACAGCGAUACUGAUGACAUUGACCACAGAGUUACAGAGGAAAGCCAUGAAGAGCCAGCAUUCCAGAAUUUUAUGCAAGAAUCGAUGGCACAAUACUGGAAGAGAAACAAUAAAUAGGAGACUUUAGGACACUUCACUUGUUUCUAGAAGUCCAGAAUUUUGGACCUCCACGUGAAAGAACUAUCCUUACCUCUGACUGGGGGCUCCCAUAAGGGACAAUUUUCCUCAGAGUAGCAGAGUUUCUCUUAUUAGAGAAAUCUUGUGACUCAGAUGAAGUCAGGGAUAAAAGAUCCUUGGACCUGGCAGGUUAACACUGAUUAUCCCUUGGCCUUUCCCUUGUAUUUAUGCAAGGAAGGACAUUCUGAGCUGAUACUCUUCCAAGCCUACAACUUCAAGUUUAUCAUCUGAACUCAAGUACUUUUGCUGCUGAGGAAUGGAAUCAAAAGAACAUAGUCUCCUCAUGACCACCUCAGAUCUCUAUUAUUAGGCUAGAUGUGUAGCCUUUACUCCCCCAGCUUCUUGCCCUUGACCCUGCACCGUGAGUUGCCCUUCUAUUAGCAGCUAGGGAAAAGGGAAAAAACAUGAGCUUAUCCAGAACAGCAGCAGAGUCUCCUUGGCAAUCAACCAACGUUGCUACGAAAUAUGCCUCACACUGUAUAAGCUCACUCUAUAGGACAUCAGGUUUGUUGAAGAAAAUGGGCAAGACAUGAUUAAUGAAUCAGAAUCCUGUUUCAUUGGUGACUUGGAUAAAGAGUUUUUAAUUUUAAA